GCACAGCGACGACGGAGCCGUGUCGGUUCGUGACGCGUACGGAACCAGUUUCGGAUCAGGAACCGGUUUGGAACUAGUUCCCUUCGGUUUUUCGGCUCCCUGCGAGAGCCGAGCAACGUGCGAGUCCACGAAUGGCACUCCGACCGGAUUGCUCGGUAGGAUCGCAACGUCGACGCACAUAAGCAACGAACAUGACCGACAACAUGGAGCCGAGAGAGGACACGAUCGACGUUUACACGGAAGUCAAAGUGGAGCCGCCGACUCUUCGGUACGCCGAGGAGGAGCAAGAGAAGAGCUUUACGCACUUCGAGAAUACCAACGCGGUACCCACGUGUGUGAACGUAGCUACGUGGAACUUGUGGACCAGUAAGGCCACCUCGUGCCUCAUCAACCGAUACAAAAAGUACCGGUUGAUGGUCGGGCAAUCGACGCAGAUCAGGAGUCUACGGGAGAUGUUCGAGAUGAUAUCGUUGGAGAUGCAGAAUUACGGUUUCUAUUUUAGCCCACAGAAGUGUGAGAACAAGUGGCGGGUGUUGGAGCGCAAGUAUAAGAACCUGGUGUUUCGCGAACGGUUGAAAAAGCCCGGCAGGAUGAGGCACUAUGGACAAUGGGAGCACAAGCGAGCCAUGGACGAGAUUUUUAACGAGAUUUCUACAGAGAAAAAGAAGUACGCGUACCUGGAAGAGAACGGGCCGCAGUCAGCGAGCCGCUCGGUCACAUAUUCCCCGAAUAUGCCGAAACUUAGCCGUGAUCAAGAUAGCGAUAGACAACAAGAGGACCCUUUGGCGCCGUCAUUAACGUCGCAUGACGCUACGAUCAACGAAAGGAACAACGAGACGCCGGUUCAGCGAACACUAACGGUAAUGUUCGAGAAAUUCUUCGAGGAAUUGAAAAGGAAUUUCGCGCUGGCCGAACAGAACAAGGAGAGACGACACAAGGAGAAGAUAGCCGUGAGACAAAAAGAGCUGGAACUGAAGAAUAAGCUUCUGAAGCUGAAGGAACAGAAGAUGGAAGUGCAAAAGUGUCAGAUCAUCGCUGCCGCGCAGAAUUUCGCUUUGAACAGGAACUGACAAUGUUCACCAGCCAAGUAACCUGGAUUUUUAAACAAUUAAACAUAUCACGCUUAUUUCUUUCUUUAUAGUCUUGCUCGACAUUCCCGUCGAUUAUAUGACUGUGUAAUGAGAGAUUUAUUAAAACUCCUAACUCCUCUUGUA